UUUCCCAUCCCUUAGAGGUUUGUCCCUAACCCUGAGGCUUCAGCAGCCACACACCGGCUCGUUGUACUCAUGUGAGAAACACAAAGUAAAGCUGAGCCAGUGCCGGGAUCUCUGCACUUAUAGCAUCCCUUUCCCUGAUCACUACAGGACGAAUAAUAGGAAUAUAUAUCUGAGGAUAUAGAAGAUUCACUUUCUCCCCCCUUCUCUCUGUAUCACAACAAAGCACAACAGUCGCCUUCAUGCAAUUAUGCUGAUGUUUGACCCGAUUCCUAUCAAACAAGAGAUCAUGGAGCCUAUACCAAUGCCAUACCAACCCAGCUUCAUGGAGCCACUGAAGACAAAUAAAUACAGCGUCAUCUAUCCUACAUCAAACUUGCUGCACAGUAAUUUGUACCACAUGCCAGAGGGACUACCAGGGCUCCAAAUGGAACCAGUAGAUCUUACUACAAACAAAAGGAACUCACCUCCCUCUACUGGAAGUUCCCCAUCUCCAAUAAAAUAUGCAUCCCCAAAGAGAAAAAGUCCAUCAGUAUUAUACAUGCCCUCAUCCAGUCCACCCAUAAAAAAGUUAUCACCAUCACCACCUGCAUUACCUCCCUUUACCAUGCCAUUGGCAAUCAACUCCAUGAUAUCUGCAUUUCCUCGACAUGCAUUUAGGAACCCUGGACUUUUACCACUUUUGCAACCAGUUAUGGUACAGCCUGUGCCUUUUAUGUAUUCUCCACAUCUUCAGCAACCAAUAAUGGUGUCUACCCUCCUACCAGAAGAGUUGGAAAAUCCAAACAAUAAACACAUGACAGUAAUAGAACCGUAUGAAAAACCACCACCUCUGAUGAAAACCAUAAAAGUUGAGCCUGGGCUGGAACAACCAAAGCCAGAAUUCUACCCAGAACAAUUAUCACCUGGAAUCAGCACACCCCACAAGGGGAUGUUUCACGAGAAUCACCUUUCGGUUAUAGUACAUCCAGGGAAGAGACCUUUGCCAGUGGAAUCCCCCGAAACACAAAGGAAAAGGCGGAUACACCGAUGUGAUUAUGAAGGUUGCAACAAAGUUUACACCAAAAGUUCCCAUUUAAAGGCGCACAGAAGGACACAUACAGGGGAAAAGCCUUAUCAGUGUACUUGGGAAGGAUGCACAUGGAAGUUUGCCCGCUCCGAUGAACUGACUCGACAUUUCCGUAAACAUACUGGAAUCAAACCAUUUCAGUGCCCAGACUGUGACCGCAGCUUUUCCCGCUCGGACCAUCUUGCUCUUCACAGAAAGAGACACAUGCUUGUCUAAAUGCCCUUCUUGCCUUUUAUACUCAAAAAAUUAUAUUUUUUUUUUUUGGAUUCAGCUGGUUCUGAAUCUCCAUUAAAAUUUUCCAUAUGGUCAGUAAAUGAGGUCCCCCAAGCUUCAUUGUACUAACCACGGGUCAGACCUAAGAAUGUGAACAUUUUCUUCCAGAGUCAACACAGUACCUUCCUGCACACAGUACACCUCAGGGAAUACCCCCCAUGGACAAUGUACUGCUUUCGAUGUACCGACAAGCCAUAUUAUCUAUAUUGAAUAAGUUAUAAAUGUAUUUAAUUAUCAGCACAAUUUGCCUACUUUGCUUUAUCUUGCCACAACAUUCCUCACAUAAGUUUAUUCUUUUUUUUUCCACAAUUAAAGAAAUACAUUUCCCAAAAUA